AUGAAACCACAUAUUCAAAGAAUAGCUGCAGCCUCUUUACUGCUACGAUCCUCUCGUCCUCUAUGGACGACCGCAGUAACUCAUUCCAAACCGGCCAUUUGUCAGCAUUUGCCAUACUGCCUUCAAGUGCAACAGCAGCAACAACAACUUAUUAGCCAAAACGAUCUGACAUCGAGACAUUUUACGACGGCGUCUACGACCGCACCUGUCACAACUAAUUCGGUAGAGGAAGGUAAACAUGAACCGGUGCCAGAACCAUUCCAUUUUAUUGCCUACGCUGCAUGGCAUCCCAAGACAAAACAACGUACAAAUCAAUCCAAAGUUCCAUACUGGAAACAAAUUCAUCGAACAGGCAAAGUAGACGCAGGCGAAGACGCUUUCUUUCAGACAACAACACCAGAAGGUUUAGCGAUCGGCGUUGCUGAUGGUGUCGGCGGCUGGAGUACGGUCGGUGUUGAUCCAGCCUUGUUCUCUUGGACCUUGAUGGAUAAUGCAGCGAUGAUAGCCAAACAUGAAAAAGUGAUUGAUGCUCAUCAAAUUCUGGAUGCAGCAUUUCAUGAACUGAGAAAGAGCGGCAAAGUAGCAGCAGGAAGCAGUACAGCUUGUAUCUUGAACUUAUCAAAGACGACAGGAGAAAUGACGUCCUGCAACCUGGGCGAUUCUGCUUUUUUGCUGGUUCGAGAUAAGAAGAUUGUGUAUGAAAGCCCUAGUCAACAGCAUUACUUUAACUGCCCCUAUCAGCUGACUGUGGUACCCGAGAGCUAUCCAAAUAGAGACGCACUCGUCACGGAUCUACCAAAGGAUGCUGAUACCAAAAAAUUUUAUUUAAAGAACGGAGACCUUAUCUUACUAGCAACCGACGGUUACUUUGACAACAUGUACUCGGAGGAAACGUUAGAAAUCAUUAAUGCUGGUAUGGAGUCGAUUGAAGGCAAAGAUCCUGAUAUGGUGAAAGCUACUAUCAGGAGACUUGCUAAAACACUGACCGAAAAGGCUCGUCGACAAAGUCUUGAUCCAAAACGACUCAGUCCAUGGGCCAAAGCUGCUCAAGCACAUGGAAGUAAUUAUAGAGGAGGAAAGGUUGAUGAUAUCACAUGUAUUGUCACCCUUGUUUGCCAUAACAAAAUGUAA